UUGUUCGAGGACAGCAGGGACAGCUAUGCAUUGAAUGCUUUGGAUGACUCUCGCCCGGGGACCUCAGAACGAAACUCGCCAGCUGAGUUUAAAAAUCUCAAAAGAACCAUCAAAUGCGCCAGAGAAUUUAUGGCAAGUGAUGCAUUUAGGACGAUAUCAAAUGACAAAGUUACAGUCAAUGGAGAUAGGGAGAUGCUGUCGAUAUUUUGUACUACCUCUCACCAUCAUGCUUUGACAUGCGCUGAAGAUCGAACUCUUUUGACCGGUUGUGUAUGUUCUAUGGAUUUGGUAUUAAUGGGUUCUAGAAGUUAUGCCAUGCAAGAUCUGUACGGAAGAAUUUUGAAGAAUGUUGUUAAAGCAAGACGGAAUACUUCAGAACUUAGCGGAGUAGGCCCUGCUAUGCAUGUUUGUCUAGCUUGGCUUUGUCAUGCAGCCCAAUGCAGAGUCAGUGAUGUUGUGCCAGGAGGAGAAAUAUUUCCCGAUGCUGAACGUUACAUUCGUGAACGGUUAGAACAGAGCAGAUUACCUCUUGUACUUGAUAGUGACCGAGCUGAGUUAGCUGUUUUCCAGCUUUGUCGGGUGCUCGACUUAUUGGCUGUUUGCGAUUUACGUUCUCAAUCACCAGUGGAUCGAUCGAUACUUAUUUUUGUGAUUUGCCGCCUUUUACUUGAUAAGAACUCGUGUUGUGCUGUACAAAAUAGAGCGAGUUUGGCCAUAGAGAAUAUUUUGAACGCUUCAUCACUGACUAAACGAGCUACUCUCGUUGAGUUCUCCAAUAUAUUCUCAUUGAUUUCAGGUACGUGCCUAUGGCCUUCUCAUUUUCAUUAG